CUAAAUGUAGUAGUGAGUGUGUGUUUGUGUGUUUGUGUGUGUGUGUGAUGCUAAAAGUUCAGCAGUGAAUCAUUCAUGAGGAAGGCAGCAUUGGAAACUCAGCUGUUUCUGAGUGGAUUAUUGCAUCUCACUUUAACUAAACAUUGCAGAUCGACGGACAUUUUAACGGAUUCCUACGACAUCGUUACGUAUGAUAUCGUGUUUAAAAUGUAUACAAGAAAAAUCUGUAAAAGGAAACACAAUUCAGAAUUCAUGUCUAGCAUAGUAUCCCAAAAAACCAUGAGAACUCUUCUACCUCCUACACUCUCACGAUCUCCUCACUAGCUAGCAGUCCGUCUAGUAAUCUAGCUAGCUUUUUUGUUCUUUCUGUAUCUGAGCCACACUGAUAACUUUAACAAACGUGAUUAAAAAUUUUCGAAAAAGCCUCAUCCCCUGCCAUCUGGAAUCAUCUUAGCUAGCUGGUUCGGUGCUCCUAUUGGUCCUUGGUUUGACGCUCAUCGUAGGAGAUGUCUCACCUCAGAUAUCUCCAGGCAGCAAGGCCUCCACGGUAGACCUUUCUUCUGGUGACAUUAUCCUGGCUAUAGAUGGCGUCUCCACCAGCAACAUGAUGCACUCUGAAGCUCAGCAUCGCAUGAAGCAGGCCACACGGCAGCUCAACUUAACCAUCCAGAGGCCAGAAACCAAACUAUGGUCACCUCGAGUCAGAGAAGAUGACAGAGUGCAUCCAUUUAAAAUGAACCUGGAUGCAGAGAUGCAGGAUUACAGGCCAAUAGGCACGGGCCAUAACCGGCGGGCCGCACCCUUUGUGGCGGCAGCCAACAUUGACGACAAGCGACAGGUGGUCAGCUCCGCCUACAACUCUCCCAUUGGUCUGUAUUCUUCUGGCAAUAUCCAGGAUGCCUUACAAGGUCAGCUCAGGGGCCUAAUACACAGCAAGCCAGAGAGUCCCAGGAUCCUUACAUCUAUAGAAGAAUCAGAUGUGUACCGCAUGCUACAGAAGGAAGAGGGAGAGAAGGAGCCUCAUGAACCCCGACAAUCAGGAUCUUUCAAAGCCUUACAGGACUACAUCAGCAAUGAAGGAACACUUCCAGUCGUGACGAAGGAGGUGCGAGCUCCCACCACUAAGCCUCUCUCACCAGGAGGAAACCUGCACAAACUGCCCAUGUGUGACAAGUGUGGUAACGGCAUAGUUGGGAUGGUGGUGAAAGUUCACGAUAAGUAUCGGCACCCUGGUUGUUUCGUCUGCUCGGACUGUGAGGAGAACCUGAAGCAGAAAGGCUACUUUUUUAUAGACGACGAGAUCUACUGUGAAACUCACGCACUUGCUCACGGAAAACCUCCUGAAAGUCCAGACCUGUAGAUAACACACACACACAUACACGCACGCACGCACUUACAUCUGAAUAUUAUAUUAUAAAAUUGUACUCAUUUACUCUGCAUUUGCACUCAUUUAGAGCGACACAUUUACAACCAUGGUGAUUGACGAAACACAACACGGUCUUGAUUGUUAAGGAACAUCAGUUUGUUUGUGGGGUUUGAAAUGGAUUUACCCUGUGCUGUACAUAUACUGUAAGAAUAAGCUAUGUCAAUAAAAUAAAACUUACAACUGUG